AUGCAAAAGGGUGUGCCGAUUUGCAUCAUGUCUCGAUCUUCUGCUUGCGCUGCAGAACUAGCAAUGACAGAGUGCAGAUUGUCAGACGAACCCAAAGACGAUACAGACCUCGAGCUAGGGGUCUGCACCGACGAACAAGAAGCUCCUAGGACGAUGGACCAGUCAGUUUCAAUGGGCAUGGGAAGACCACUCCCUCCACUGCCUGGCAACCCAGAAGACUACACUGUCGAGUUUGACGGGCCCGAUGAUCCGGAGCAUCCCUACAACUGGAACCGCUCGAACAAGUACGCAGACCGCUACCCCCUGCACCCCUGCAGCGCAACCUACAUCGCAGCCCUGGCCUCCGCCAUCUUCGCCCCGGCCGCCCCGGCCGCCAGCGCCGAGCUCGACGUCAGCGCCGAGGUAGGCGCCCUCGGCACGGCCCUGUACGUCCUAGGCUUCGCCGCGGGCCCCGUCCUCUGGGCGCCCGCCUCGGAGCUGCGCGGCCGCAGGCUGCCCCUCGCAGCGUCCACGCUCCUCGGCGGCGCCUUCGGCCUCGGCGCCGCCGCCGCCAAGGACGCGCCCGCGCUGGCCGUCUGCCGCUUCUUCGCCGGCGCCUGCGGCGCGGGGCCCCUGGCCGUCGUCCCGGGCGUCCUGGCCGACCUGUACGACGACGCGAGCCGCGGCGCCGCCGUCUCGCUCUACGCGCUGUGCGUCUUUGGCGGGCCGUCGACGGCGCCGCUCGUGGGCGGGUUCGUGACCGUCGCGUCCGGCGGCUGGCGCUGGGCGCUGUACGUCCCGGCCAUACUGAGCCUGGCCUGCGGCGCCGCGUGCCUCGCCUUCCUGCGCGAGACGUACGCGCCGCGCCUGCUGGUCGCGCGGGCGGCGGCGCUGCGCGGGCGGACGGGCAACUGGGCCGUCCACGCGCGGCACGAGCGGGUCGAGGUCGAACCCUGGGUGCUGGUGGACAAGUACUUCAGCCGGCCGGUGCGGAUGCUGGUCACGGAGCCCACCAUCCUGCUGGUGUCGCUGUACAUGUCGUUCAUCUACGGGUUGGUGUACUGCCUUCUCGGGGCGUAUCCGCUGGUGUUUGAGGGCAUCUACGGGAUGAAGCCUGGGGUCGGCGGUCUCCCGUUCCUGGGGUUGCUCGUCGGCCAGGCAGCGGCGGUUGGAGUCAUAGUGUCUCGGCAAAAGGCGUACGUGAGCAAGCUGAGGGCGAACAACAACGUGCCAAUCCCCGAAUGGCGGUUAGGUCCUCCACUGGUUGGAGCGCCGAUCUUUGCACUUGGCAUCUUCUGGUUUGGCUGGACCGCUUACACGGGCAACAUUCAUUGGGCUGUGCCGACGGUUGCUGGUGUCUUCAUCGGCUUCGGCAACGUCAGUGUCUUCCUGCCCUGCUUCAACUACAUCGUCGACGCCUAUCUGCCAUUUGCGGCAUCAGCUGUAGCGGCAAACAUAAUCCUCCGCUCCGCGGUAGCCGCAGGCUUUCCGCUAUUCUCAAAGCAGAUGUUUCAGAACCUGGGGGUGCAGUGGGCUGCCACGCUGCUUGGAUGCCUGGCUGCAGUCAUGAUCCCGAUACCAUACGCCUUUAGGGUAUACGGCCCGCGGCUGAGAAAGAAAAGCAGACUCUUGAGAGAGUAG